UCAACCAAUCAGUGGCUCAAUGGGCGGGAUUAGCAUUAGCGGUUUAAUGCUGUUCCUAAAAGCUAAACGCAUUUAACACAGAAUUGUAGGUUUUUACACCAUAAAUAUUUAUGUUUCACUUUUUGUCGCGGUGAAUAUUUAAGACGUAAGGUGACGAGAUGGGCUUGUUGACAAUUUUGAAGAAGAUGAAGCAAAAGGAACGCGAAAUGAGGCUGCUUAUGUUAGGGCUGGACAACGCCGGGAAGACGACCAUCCUGAAGAAGUUUAAUGGAGAAGAUGUCAGCACCAUCUCACCCACACUGGGCUUCAACAUCAAGACUCUGGAGCACAGAGGGUUUAAACUGAAUAUUUGGGACGUGGGCGGUCAGAAGUCGCUGCGCUCCUACUGGAGGAACUACUUUGAGAGCACAGACGGGCUGGUGUGGGUGGUGGACAGCGCCGACCGGCUCCGGCUGGAGGACUGCAGGCUGGAGCUCAGCUCACUGCUGCUGGAGGAGAGGUUAGCUGGAGCGACUCUGCUGGUGUUCGCCAACAAACAGGAUUUACCAGGAGCCUUGUCCAAAGAAGCAAUAAGAGAGGCGUUGGCCCUAGACGACAUCAAGAGUCACCACUGGUGCAUCAUGGGCUGCAGCGCAGUGACAGGAGAGAACCUGCUGACAGGAGUGGACUGGUUAGUGGACGACAUCGCUGCAAGGAUCUUCACAGCCGACUGAAGGACGUCAUUGUUGCAGCACUUGAUUUGUCAGCUCUAGGACUUGAACAUUUUUCCAACUGAAGCUUCUGUAUUUUGUUAAAUGAUUUGCACCUUUAUUUUGUCAAAACUGUUCAAAAUGUAACCUGCUUUAUUGAAUGGCCUGUUUUUUUAUAUAAUGCAACUAAAUUUAUUCAUCAGCAA